AUGGGAGGCGUCUUCUACAACCCCAUUGACAUCAAGUGGCCGGGCAGGGAUGAGUUCGGUGGUGCCUUUGGCCGCGACGCCACCGUGGUGAUCGUGGGGCACGGCGGCUUCACCAUCGAGAACGUGCGGACCUGCGUGGAACGGAAGUGCAAGAAGGUCUAUGUGGUGUGCCGGCAUCGGCACUUGGCGGGGCCAAAGAUGGUCUCAUGGAUGGUCAGUGGUGCGGCCAUCCCCAUUCCAGGACCUUACGUGGUGGAGGCCUUCCAGAUGAUGUAUGGCCUUUUAGGUGUUGAUGUUUGGGCCCAUCCAGUGGUGAACGCCAAUGCCGAUCGCAGUAGCGCCAUUCUGACGCAAACCACCACCUUUGGCGUGACUGACAUCUACUUCUUAGCCUGCUACUACAAGGUGUGUGAGGUCAUCAACGGUGAGGUUGAGAAGCUGGCCCAGGGAAAAGUUGUUUUGAAGGAUGGCAAGGAGAUCGACUGCAACGUGGUCAUGAAAUGCCUGGGCAGCACCGGUGCGACGGAUUUUGAUGACAUCAUUGGCUUCAAGUUCUACCAAGGCUGGUGGGUCAACGGUGAUCCCUUGUUGCCCGUGGUGGCUCCUGCCAAGGGCGUCCAGGCCAAGAACUUUGGAGGAUUCAGCUUGGCACCUGGAUAUGCGGGCCAAAUCAUCACCAACCGUUACUUCAUCGAUUUUCCACAGAAGUUCCUAGGAGUCAGGGAUUGGCUGCCAAAGACCACCCGAGACGAGCACUACGAGUGCAACUACAUCUACAAGGGUUCGCACGUCCUGGCCACGACGGUCAUUCUUCAGGGGCAAUUCCCCGACCUCACCGCAGAGAUGGGGGAAGCGGACAAGCUGAAGGCUGAAAAGCACAUGAAGGCGCACCCCUUGGAAAAGCACUUGGCCGAAUGCCUGGCUGAGUGGAAGAUGUACAUCAAGAUGUUGAAGGAUCAUGGGCAAAUCCCGGCCGAUGCGGAGGAGGUGGAGUAUCCCUACACCAAGGUGCUCUGGGGAAGACGUUACAGAGAAGGCUAG